GGCGCUAAGACCCAGCAGGCGCGCCGCGGGGCCUCGCUCCAGACCCUCCGCCCGUCGGCGGGGCCGGGCCGCUCUCUGCUCCGGGAGCCUCGGGGCGCGACAGGGGCAUGGCUUGGGCGGCGUGGGGACUGCUGUGGCUGCUGCUGGGCAGCGCCGGGGCGCAGUACGAGAAGUACAGCUUCCGGGGCUUCCCGCCCGAGGACCUGAUGCCUCUGGCCACGGCCUACGGCCACGCGCUGGAGCAGUACGAGGGCGAGAGCUGGCGCGAGAGCGCGCGCUACCUGGAGGCGGCGCUGCGACUGCACCGGCUGCUGCGCGACAGCGAGGCCUUCUGCCACGCCAACUGCAGCGACCCCACGCAGCCCCGGCCGGCGCGUAGUCCCGACGGCCACGGCGACGGCGGCGGCGAUGACUGGGCUCGCGAGCUGCGGCUCUUCGGCCGCGUCCUGGAGCGCGCCGCCUGCCUGCGACGCUGCAAGCGGACCCUGCCCGCUUUCCAGGUGCCCUACCCGCCGCGCCAGCUGCUGCAUGACUUCCAGAGUCGCCUGCCCUACCAAUACCUGCACUAUGCGCUGUUCAAGGCUAACCGGCUGGAGAAGGCGGUGGCCGCGGCCUAUACCUUCCUCCAGAAGAACCCUAAGCACGAGCUGACCGCCAAGUAUCUCAAGUACUACCAAGGGAUGCUGGACGUCUCCGAUGAGUCCCUCACGGAUCUAGAGGCCCAGCCCUACGAGGCGGUGUUCCUUAAGGCUGUGAAGCUCUACAACAGCGGGGAUUUCCGCAGCAGCACGGAGGACAUGGAGCGGGCCCUGGUUGAAUACCUGGCCAUCUUUGCCCGCUGUCUGGCUGGUUGUGAGGGGGCCCACGAGCAGGAGGACUUCAAGGACUUCUACCCAGCCAUAGCAGAUCUCUUUGCAGACUCCCUACAGUGCAAGGUGGACUGUGAGGCCAAUUUGACUCCCAAUGUGGGCGGCUACUUUGUGGACAAGUUCGUGGCCACCAUGUAUCACUACCUGCAGUUUGCCUAUUAUAAGCUGAAUGACGUGCGCCAGGCUGCCCGCAGUGCUGCUAGCUACAUGCUCUUCGACCCCCAGGACAGCGUCAUGCAGCAGAACCUGGUGUAUUACCGCUUCCACCGGGCUCGCUGGGGCCUGGAAGAGGAGGACUUCCAGCCCCGGGAGGAGGCCAAGCUCUACCACAACCAGACCACUGAGCUGCGGGAGCUGCUGGAGUUCACACACGUGUACCUGCAGUCAGACGAUGAGAUGGAACUGGAGGAGACAGAACCACCACUGAAGCUGGAGGAACCUCUAUCUGACACUGAGUUUGAGGGGGAGGGUGACUACGAGGAGGGCCUCUAUGCUGACUGGUGGCAGGAACCGGAUGCCAAGGGUGACGAGGCUGAGGCUGAACCAGAGCCAGAACUGUCAUGAGAAAAGGGGGUCCCCUGUGCCCCCUCAAGAGCUUGGGACACCUGGGC